AUCAAUCCAUCUCCAAAGAAGAAGUGUAAAGAAAAGAAUGAUAUCCUCUUAGUUGCAAUAAAGAUGCCGAAAGCACAAUUAUGCCAUCUUCCUUUGGGUUUCAGUACUGCACAUAAACUAUAUCAAUUUCAUUACUGUGAUGCGGUUAAUUAUUUGAUUCCUUCAUUUAUUAUUGCAGACAAUCCUAUUGAAAUUCUAGUUUGCAGCUACACAUAUUAUAGAUCCUGUUAUAGUAACAAUGGGUUUAAAUGCUUGCAUUGUCUCUCAUUCUUAUGUAAUAGUAUUGAUAAAUAUGUCCAAUCUUUAUUACAAUCUUUACAAAAACGAAAAGAGCAGGUUGUCGAACCAGAAAAUAAUAUUUCUUGUGAUGAUAAUGAUGAUAAAAGUGAACCCAUAAAAUAUGUAGCAUAUGCAUUAGAAGAGGCAUUGCGUAAAUUUCAACAGCAAUAG